AUGGGAAAUGAUCAUGACAAACCACCUACAAGAAGAAUUUCAUAUAAAGAUUUUCCAGAAGAAAAAAAUGAAGAAAUUCGUAGAAAACAAAGAGAGAGAUAUGCUAAACAGAAAGCAUUAAAAACCAAUUCAAUUCGUAUAAAUGAUACUGAAUCAUCAAAUAACGAUGAUUUGGACACAUUUGAUAGUGAUCGUACGACAGUAUUGAUUACUCAACAUUCAAAUAUUGGCGUUCAAUAUACGAACAAUAUUGAGCAUGACCCAUAUGUUGUUCGACAUGAUCUAAUCUAUGAAACAAACAUACCAAUACCUUGUAGGGGUCAAUCGCAUACGCGUUCUACUGGAUUUAGACAAUUGCUUAAAGUAGUGCCAUCUGAACCAUAUUCACUCCCAUUAGUGCCUAGUUGUCGACAUUGUAAAGCAAAGAGAUUCUGCCAUGAAACAACUGGGUUUUGUUGUGCUGAUGGAAAAAUUUCUCUGGCCACAAAUAAUGUACCAAAUGAGCUUUAUGCGCUGUUUACAUCCAACUGUAGUGAAUCUCAACAUUUCCGAACAUACAUUCGAACUUAUAACAAUAAGUUUGCGUUUACAUCGUUCGGUGUUAAUUUUGAUAAAGAGCUAUGUCGAAGAAAUAGAGGAGUAUAUACUUUCAGAACCCAAGGACAAAUAUAUCACUAUAUCAACGACUUGCUCCCUUCCAAUAGUCAUCCUUCUUAUCUCCAAUUGUAUUUCUACGACACGGAGCAUGAAUUACAAAAUCGAAUUAAUGAUUCAGACAUAAUGGAGCCAUCAAUUGUAACCCAGCUCAUCAGUAUUCUUCACAUCAAUCCUUAUUCUAUUUUUUUUCGUUCACUUGGGGAUCUCCCUGAUUUGGAAAAACAAAUCAUUCAUAUAAAAACAGAUGCUGGGCUUGAUCAACGUUAUUACUUUGGGUGUUAUGAUCCACUACAAUAUCCGAUAUUAUUUCCUUUCAGUGAUAUUGGUUGGCAUCAAGGGAUUCAAAGGCUUAGAGGAAGCAGAUCAAAGUACAAUGAAACAAACCCAUCAAUAAAUCCUCAAGAAUCAGCCACUGCAGACGAACUACUUGCAACAGAAGAGAGAGGAUUAAACCAACAAAGAAAGUGCCCAAUAGUUUCAUGUCGCGAAUAUUAUUGCUACAAGUUGCAAAUAAGAGAAAAUGUCAGAUCAAUUUUGCUGCUUUCUGGUCAAUUAUUGCAGCAAUUUGUAGUCGAUAUGUAUGUGAAGAUCGAGACCUCAAGACUAGAUUAUUUUAGAGGCAAGCAACAACAUAUUCGAUCAGAGUUAUAUCAAGGUAUUGUUGAUACAAUUACGCUUGGGGAAACAAAUCCUUCUAAUGUUGGGAAACGAAUUAUACUCCCAUCUUCUUUUAUUGGAGGUCCAAGAGACAUGAGAAAAAGAUAUAUGGAAGCAAUGGCUUUAGUUCAACGUUACGGCAAACCUGACAUUUUCUUAACAAUGACAUGCAAUCCAAAUUGGCCAGAAAUUACAAAUGAACUAAGUCCACAUGAGGAGAGUCAAAAGCGACCUGAUUUGGUUGCUCGAGUGUUUCGUGCAAAAUUGGAAGAAUUAAAGGACCAGUUAUUCAAAAGGCAAAUAUUUGGAAAAGUGUCAGCAUAUGUCUAUGUUAUUGAGCACCAAAAAAGGGGUCUUCCGCAUGCCCACUUUUUAAUUAUCUUACAAAAUGAGUGGAAACUCCAUGCACCAGAAUCUUUUGAUGAGAUCAUAUCAGCAGAGAUACCUGAUAAAAAUACAAACAUCCACCUCCAUAACGCAGUUGUGAAGCACAUGAUGCAUGGACCAUGUGGAGUAUUGAAUCCAUCAAAUGUUUGCAUGAAAGGAAAUCGUGGAUGCAAAAGUAAUUAUCCAAAGAAUGAUGCAUCUGCAACAACUAUUGGAAGCGAUUGCUUCCCAAUAUAUAGGCGUUCAAACAAUGGAAUGACUGUGAAGGUCCGAGGACAAUAUCUAGACAAUCGUUGGGUUGUUCCAUACAACCCGUAUCUCCUUGCAAUAUUUGACUCUCACAUUAAUGUAGAGAUUUGUUCUACAAUAAAAGCAGUGAAAUAUCUUUACAAGUACAUUUAUAAAGGUCAUGAUCGUGUCGCUUUCAACUUGGUUUCUGAAACAAACAAUCAACAAGUUGAUGAAAUCCAACAAUUCCAGUCAGCCUGA